AUGUCGACUGCUGUGGAAGCGACCGGUCUCAUCAUGAGCAUUAUCAGUUGGCUGGUCACCGGAGCCUCGCUGGCCAACGACUACUGGAAGAUAUCCUCCGUCUCCGGCUCCGUCAUCAUCUCCCAGAGGCAGUUUGAAAACUUGUGGCACUCCUGUGCCGAAAACAGCGCCGGUAUCGCAGAGUGUCGGGACUUUGAGUCGCUGCUCGGCCUCCCCAUUCACGUGCAGGCGUGUCGCGCCCUUAUGAUCAUCGCUCUGCUGCUGGGCCUCUGCUCCAUGGUCGUGGCUCUGCUCGGAGUCAAGUGCAUCAAGAUCGGCUCAGCCACCGACCAGUCGAAGGCCAAGAUCGCCUUCACCGGAGGAAUCCUCGCCAUCCUCGCCGGUCUGUGCUGUAUGAUCGCUUGUUCCUGGUACGCCUACAGAGUCGUUCAGGACUUCAACGACCCGUUCUACGCCGGCGUGAGGUUCGAGCUGGGUACUGGCCUGUUCCUGGGAUGGGGAGGAGCCUCUCUGUUCAUACUGGGCGGAGGUUUUCUCUGCACUGCCUGUAGCCGAGCAUCAGCUGGAGACAAGAAAAGAGGUUACUAUGGAAAACCAACACAGAAGGUCUACAAUCCAUCAGCCAAGUCAGAUCCAGAUACAGCCAGAGCUUACGUCUAG